GAUCAACAGGGGGAGAUGGACGUGAAAAUUAAGAAGAAAGAAGGAAAAGGGUUAAAGAAAAAGGAGAAAAUGGAAAAUAUGAAGAAGGAAAUGGACAUAAAUGACCAUGAGCUGACCGUAGAGGAGCUGGAGCUGAAGUACCAGACAAACAUCACCAAAGGCAUGACGAGCAGCUAUGCAGGUGAGAUACUAAUCCGGGAUGGACCCAAUGAGCUGAAGCCACCUAAAGGUACCCCGGAGUACGUGAAGUUUGCCCGGCAGCUGGCAGGAGGGCUGCAGUGCUUGAUGUGGGUGGCUGCUGCCAUCUGCCUGAUCGCCUUCGGGAUCCAGUGUUCACAGGGAGAUCUGACCAGUGCGGACAACUUGUAUUUGGCCAUCACCCUCAUAGCUGUCGUGGUCGUGACUGGUUGCUUUGGGUAUUACCAAGAAUUCAAGAGUACCAACAUCAUCGCCAGCUUCAAGAACCUCGUGCCUCAGCAAGCCACUGUAAUAAGAGACGGGGAAAAGUUUCAGAUCAAUGCCAACCAACUGGUGGUGGGAGACCUGGUGGAGAUUAAGGGUGGAGACCGUGUACCGGCGGACAUCAGAAUUAUCACUUCACAGGGCUGUAAGGUGGAUAACUCUUCCCUAACUGGGGAAUCUGAACCACAGACCCGAUCUCCAGAAUAUACCAAUGAAAGUCCUCUGGAAACAAGGAACAUUGCCUUCUUCUCCACCAUGUGUCUGGAAGGAGUUGCCACAGGAGUAAUUAUCAACACCGGUGACCGGACCAUCAUUGGUUGUAUUGCCACCUUGGCAUCAGGCGUGGGGAAUGAGAAAACACCCAUCGCCAUUGAGAUUGAGCAUUUUGUGGACAUUAUCGCUGGUCUGGCCAUCUUCUUUGGAGCUACCUUCUUUGUUGUUGCCAUGGUUAUCGGCUAUCCUUUCCUCCGUGCCAUGGUCUUCUUUAUGGCUAUUGUGGUAGCCUAUGUUCCUGAAGGUCUUCUGGCCACUGUCACGGUAUGUUUGUCUCUCACUGCUAAGCGUCUUGCCCGAAAAAAUUGUGUUGUCAAGAACCUUGAAGCUGUGGAGACCCUGGGCUCUACAUCAGUCAUCUGCUCAGAUAAGACAGGAACUUUAACUCAGAACCGAAUGACUGUGUCUCACUUGUGGUUCGACAACCAGAUCCAUUCAGCUGACACCACUGAAGACCAGUCAGGACAAAGUUUUGACCAGACAUCGGACACUUGGAGAGCUCUAAGUAAGGUGGUCACUCUGUGCAAUAGAGCCGCCUUCAAGGGAGGGCAGGACGGAGUCCCAGUACCCAAGCGUAUUGUUAUUGGAGACGCCUCUGAGACGGCUCUGUUGAAGUUCUCUGAGCUGACAGUCGGCAACGUCAUGGAGUACAGAGAACGCUUCAAGAAGGUGACAGAAGUUCCCUUCAACUCUACUAACAAGUUCCAGUUGUCCAUCCAUGAGCUGCAAGACCCCCUGGACCUACGCUACCUCCUUGUGAUGAAGGGAGCUCCAGAACGUAUCUUAGAGAGAUGCUCCACCAUCAUGAUUAAAGGACAGGAGCUUCCUCUGGACACCCAAUGGCAAGAAGCUUUCCAGACAGCGUAUAUGGACCUUGGAGGCCUCGGAGAAAGAGUCUUGGGUUUUUGUCAUCUCUACCUCAACGAGAAGGAGUUUCCCCGUGGAUAUAACUUUGACUCGGAAGAGAUGAACUUCCCCACCAGUGGUCUGUGCUUUGCAGGAUUGAUCUCUAUGAUUGACCCCCCUAGGGCCACCGUCCCUGACGCCGUCAUGAAAUGUAGAACCGCUGGAAUCCGAGUUAUCAUGGUCACCGGAGAUCAUCCAAUUACAGCCAAGGCUAUUGCAGCCAGCGUCGGUAUCAUCUCCGAAGGCAGCGAGACAGUGGAAGACAUUGCAGCUCGCCUGCGCAUUCCUGUAGAGCAAGUGAACAAACGAGAUGCCCGGGCCUGCGUCAUUAACGGUGGACAGCUGAAAGACAUGUCCAGCGAGGAGUUGGUGGAAGCUCUGAAGAUGCACCCGGAGAUGGUGUUCGCCCGUACGUCCCCCCAGCAGAAGCUGAUCAUUGUGGAAAGUUGUCAGAAACUGGGAGCCAUCGUGGCUGUGACAGGGGACGGUGUUAAUGACUCCCCUGCUCUGAAAAAGGCUGACAUCGGAGUCGCUAUGGGAAUUGCUGGUUCCGAUGCUGCCAAGAACGCGGCUGACAUGAUCCUACUGGACGAUAACUUUGCCUCCAUCGUCACAGGUGUAGAACAGGGUCGUCUGAUUUUUGACAAUCUGAAGAAAUCCAUUGCCUACACACUGACCAAGAACAUCCCAGAGCUGGCGCCAUAUCUAAUUUACAUCACAGCCAGUGUCCCCCUGCCCCUGGGCUGCAUCACCAUCCUCUUCAUCGAGCUGUGCACUGAUAUUUUCCCCUCUGUGUCUUUGGCCUAUGAGAAAGCAGAGAGCGACAUCAUGCACCUAAAGCCUAGAAACCCGCGGCGCAACCGUCUGGUGAAUGAAGCUCUGGCGGUGUACUCCUACUUCCAGAUAGGUGUCAUUCAGUCGUUUGCCGGCUUUGUGGACUAUUUCACGACGAUGGCUCAGGAGGGCUGGUACCCGGCCUACUGUCUGGGGCUCCGUGCCAAUUGGGAAAACCAGCACUUACAGGAUUUGCAGGACAGCUACGGCCAGGAAUGGACCUUCAGCCAGCGCCUCUACCAGCAGUACAACUGUUACACCGUCUUCUUCAUCAGUAUCGAGGUCUGCCAGAUCGCCGACGUCCUCAUCAGAAAAACCAGGCGUCUCUCCGUCUUCCAGCAGGGAUUUUUCAGGAAUAAAGUCUUGGUGAGCGCCAUCGUCUUCCAGUUGUGUCUUGGUAACUUCUUGUGUUACUGCCCGGGGAUGCCCAACGUCUUUAACUUCAUGCCCAUCAGGUUCCAAUGGUGGCUCGUCCCUCUGCCGUUUGGCAUCUUGAUUUUCGUUUAUGACGAGAUCCGUAAGCUUGGAGUCCGCAGACACCCAGGAAGCUGGUUUGACAAGGAGCUUUACUAUUAGACGCCCCGGACCCCGUCCCUUACCCUCCUACUCUGAAGACACACAAAGUCGGGCCCCUCACUCACAAGGAGCCCUUGAUUUUCUCCGAUCAUUUCACGGCCGACCCAAGACAACGAAUCAGAGAAUCUGCUGUAUAUAAGAAAUCUGGAAAACUUGAUCUCAGAAAUGGUGCGGCCUGCGAGCUCCUCCGGGUACAGCUGCGGUGUCGCUCCAGCGUGUCCGGGGGUGAUCUAUGCUCAGAAUGAGGGGGGCAGCGUUUUCUUACCCUCUAUUUCUGCUGUGACUUUGCCCAUCUCUCCCCAAGUAGGGGGUGAAUGUGGUUGUAGAUGUUAUGUGAUGUCACAGCUCUGUACG